AUGAGCAAAUGUCUUGGGAUUGGAGUGAGGCCUGAAUUCGUGGCCCAGAGAGUUCGAAGAAUAUGGAAUCCAAAAGGAGGACUGGAAGUGAUAGAUGUAGGCCACAAUGUCUACUUUUUUAAGUUCUCAUUGCAAGCUGAUUUCGAAAAAGCUUUAUUUGGAGGGUCAUGGUUUAUCUUAAAUCCUUACUUGAUGCUUACAAGAUGGAAGCCAAAUUUUCUAGCUUCCACCAACGCAUUACCUAAUAUGUCUAUAUGGAUCAGACUACCAGAGUUACCAAUAGAAUAUUAUGAAAAAGAUGAUUUGUUUGCAAUUGCAAAAAAGGUGGGAAAACCGAUUACAGUUGACUAUAGUACUAAUAAAAUAACCAAAGGGCGCUUUGCUAGAAUUUGUAUUAAACUAUCUCUGAUUAAUCCUUUGGUGACAAAAGUGUGCGUAGGUGCAGCAUGGCAGCGCGUGCAGUAUGAGAAUAUUGGGAUAUUGUGUUUUGCAUGUGGAAAGAUAGGGCAUUUAAAGGACAAGUGUCAACUGAACAGGUUGAAGACAGUUAACAUGCAACUAGGGGCAACAAGGAAAGAGUGGGGACACAUUAGCUUGUUGGAGGAGAAUUCAGGCAGUGGGAAUACCAUUGCUAUGGGGGAACCAAGAGAUACGAGCAGAGAAAAGAUUUGUGAUAACCAAUCUGAUGCGGGAAAAAAUUUAGGUAAAAUGCAAAAAUUAGGUGAUGAUAUGGCCCUGGCUAUUGGCAAGUAA